CUACGACGAGGUGACCGCCUUCCUGGGCGAAUGGGGCCUCUUCCAGCGCCUCAUCUUCUUCCUACUCAGCGCCAGCAUCAUCCCCAAUGGCUUCAAUGGUAUGUCAAUCGUGUUUCUGGCGGGGACCCCGGAGCACCGUUGCCUUGUGCCUGACACCGUGAACCUGAGCAGCGCGUGGCGCAACCACAGUAUCCCGUUGGAGACGAAGGACGGACUACAGGUGCCCCAGAGCUGCCGCCGCUACCGACUGGCCACCAUCGCCAACUUCUCCGCUUUGGGGCUGGAACCGGCUGUGGAUGUGGACCUAGAACAGCUGGAGCAGGAGAGCUGCCUGGAUGGCUGGGAGUACAGCAAAGACGUCUUCCAGGCCACCAUCGUGACCGAGUGGGACCUGGUGUGUCAGAAUGACUGGAAAGGCCCAUUCACCAUCUCCUUGUUUUUCGUUGGUGUGCUGAUAGGCUCCUUCAUUUCAGGACAGCUCUCAGACAGGUUUGGUCGGAAGAAUGUGCUGUUUUUGACCAUGGCCAUGCAGACUGGCUUCAGCUUCCUGCAGGUCUUCUCUGUGAACUUCGAGAUGUUUACUGUGCUCUUUGUCCUUGUUGGCAUGGGUCAGAUCUCCAACUACGUGGCAGCAUUUGUCCUGGGAACAGAAAUUCUUUCCAAGUCAAUUCGAAUUAUAUUCGCCACCUUAGGAGUGUGCAUAUUUUAUGCAUUUGGCUUCAUGGUGCUGCCACUGUUUGCAUACUUCAUCAGAGAUUGGAGGAUGCUGCUGCUGGCACUCACUGUGCCAGGGGUGCUGUGUGGAGCUCUCUGGUGGUUUAUUCCUGAAUCCCCCCGAUGGCUCAUCUCUCAAGGCCGAAUUAGAGAGGCAGAGGUGAUCAUCCGCAGAGCUGCCAAAACCAAUGGGAUUGUUGCACCUUCCACUAUCUUUGAUCUAAAUGAGUUACAAGACCUAAAUUCCAAGAAGCCUCAGUUACACCACAUUUAUGAUCUGAUCCGAACCCGGAAUAUCAGGAUCCUCACCAUCAUGUCUAUAAUCCUGUGGCUGACCAUAUCAGUGGGCUAUUUUGGACUUUCUCUUGAUACUCCUAACUUGCAUGGGGACAUCUAUGUGAACAGCUUCCUUUCAGCGGCUGUUGAAGUCCCAGCCUAUGUGUUGGCCUGGCUGUUGCUGCAGCACUUGCCCCGGAGAUAUUCCAUCUCUGCUGCCCUCUUCCUGGGUGGCAGUGUACUUCUCUUCUUGCAGCUGGUGCCUUCAGAAUUGUUUUAUAUGUCUACUACCCUGGUGAUGGUAGGCAAGUUUGGAAUCACCUCUGCCUAUUCCAUGGUCUACGUGUACACGGCUGAGCUGUACCCCACUGUGGUGAGAAACAUGGGUGUAGGGGUCAGCUCCACAGCAUCCCGCCUUGGCAGUAUCCUGUCUCCCUACUUUGUUUACCUUGGUGCCUAUGACCGCUACCUGCCUUACAUCCUCAUGGGAAGUCUGACCAUCCUGACAGCUAUCCUUACCUUGUUCUUCCCAGAGAGCUUUGGUGUCCCUCUCCCAGACACCAUUGACCAGAUGCUAAGGAUCAAAGGAAUAAAACAAUGGCAAAGCCAAAACCAGACAAGGAUGCUAAAGGAUGGUGAAGAAAGCCCAACAGUCCUAAAAAGCACAGCCUUUUAACCCUCCAGGAGAUGAAAAACAGACAACCUGCAUGUUGUCAGAAACACUGUCAAUGACCAGGGGCUUUUCUGUUCUGUUGACCUUGUGUUUAAUGUGCUCGUGGAUGGGUGCAUCUGUCCUGGAGAGCCACCUUCCUCUAGGGACAUCAAGACUAACCACAGACAGCUUGCACAUCCAUUCCAGUGGUGGCCUUGGCCCUUCCAAAAAAGUUUCUUAAACCAGUGGGACUUGGAAGACUAUGUGAAACAACUGCUAGUCUUGCUUUGUUAUUUUAGAAGACUGGUAAGGUUGCACAGAUAGAACUGCAGGUCUGUUUUUCCCUCCUCUCCGUAACUGCAAACUCUCAGGAAAUGGAAUAGAUGUCACUCAGUGGCAGUGUGCUUGGCUAGGAUACACAGGGCCCUGAGUUCCAUGCAAAGAACCAGAAAGAAACAAAACUUCUUCAGAGAAGAAUAAAUGAUUCCAUGGGGAGUUUGAUUUCUCAUCUUUUCUAAGUUACAAAAACCCUUGCUGUGAUUGCUUUAACUCACAACAGAAGACCACAGGACCUAGGGAACCAUAGAGGAAAUGAAGGUGGAAGGAGAUAUGUAAAGUCAGCAGUGUGUGGAUUGUGGCUGCUCAGUCCCACAGCAGGAGUGCUGUGUGUGUCUGGUCAGACUCCUGGGCUUGUCCCGACUGUGAGAAAUCACUGUUGACGCCAAGGCUUGUCUUCCACUUCUGUGUCUUGAAGGGAAUGUAUGAGUGACAAAGUGUCCCUUCCUUCUCUCAGCACUGUCACAGGGGUUUGUUUUUUUUUGUCAUCUGUUGUAUCUUCAGCAGAGACUUGGGAACAGUGUUUCUCAACCUGGAAUUACCCUGGCUGGUGUGCAGUUGCCACCAUGGAAAUGCAGUUGCACUUCCUAGCCUUAGCCAUUAUCACUGCUCUGAGUGUCCAAAACAACAACACUAUGCUUGUUCCUUUUACAAUGUAUAAUCAUGGGGAAAAUUACAAGAAAGAAAUGUAAAUUGUGUUCACAGUCUCUCAGAGUUGCUGGCUGCAGUUUUGUAACAUCAGCAGGUGUUUUGUGUUCAGUGUGAUUGUCUGCUCUUCUGAUUAUGUUGCCAUGGUACUCCUAAAGCACAUGAUUCCCCUACUUUAAAAAAGAAUGUAUUUUGUGAAAGCUACUGAAGUGCCUUGGGCAAUGAGAUGGUUUUAAUAAACAAUGAUUUUUUUAAAUAAUAA